AGGGUUCAUCUUGAAUUAAGACUUACAUAAAAAAGAUUACAUCUUGAAUGUAAACAAUGCCUGUAUUGAAUAUAUAUUCUAACAAUGUUAAAUAUUUAUACAAAGUUAGAGUGUGUUCGCUUAGCGCUUUUGUUGUUUUGAUAGCUAUAGUAUUCACAUUACUAACUCCGUUAAUAUUUGUUUAUCAUGCUGGAGGGUAUUGGAUAAAAUCUCGUAUGUAUUGGGAAAAGCCAAAUGUACAUUUCAAACACAAAUAUUUUUUAUUAAUCGAACAAGAUGAUACAAAUCCCUUAAUUUGUUCCACAUUUUCUCAUUAUAAAGAUAAUGUAGUUAAGGAUGAUUGUAAUUUGGUUAAGGUGCGUGAAGUAGAUAAUGAUGAAAAUGGAUUACAAGAUUCACUGCAUUUCGAAAUUUCAUUGUUUACUAACAAGCCAAUAAGAUCAUUAAUACUAUUAUUAUUUUUUAAUUAUGAAUUGAAGGAACAUAUUCAUAUUAUUGUUGAAGCAAUGUCAGUAAUAGAAUAUGUGGUGGCACACGAAGUACAAGAAUUAUAUUUUAUAGGUGAUUUAAUGCUACGUCAGAAUAAUAUUUUAAUGCACGAUGAAGUAUAUUAUUCAGAUGACAAUAGUACGGAUUUAAAUCGUUUUACAUUACAUGAUUUAUUGGUAGAAAAUACAAAUCGUUUAUUUUCAGGUAGAAUUACAAAUUUAAGAGUAUUACCUAAAUUAGGAUUUAUUAGCGAUGAACCAAUAAUAAUAAAAGCCGAAGUUUUUUAUGUCAUGCAGUCUAUUAAUUAUCAACCAGGAUUUUGGGAAGAAAUAAAAUGGGCUUGGAUGCAAUAUCUUUCGAUUUUAGUAAUUGUAAUAUAUUUAAUUAGAAAUAGUUUGACUAGAAUGUUCAUUUCUAAACAAUUGAGGAGCUACGUAGUAGUUCCUUGGCAAAAAAAGUAA